AUGGCUGGCCACAACUUUCUUCGUGAUUCUCUGGAAGAUGACCGCACUGUUCUUACCACUCACUCGUUUAAACCCUACGACCUAGUACCUACUAGAAGUAAUUAUAAUGUUGCGGAACCUUCUCCAACACCAUCUCCUCCAAAUGCCGCUUCUUCAACACAGCCUCCAAAUGCAAUCAUCACUGAAGCUCCUCAUCUAGAAUUGCGGCAGAAUAACCCUCAGGACUGCAAGAACCUCUGCGAUGCCUUGGUUGAUCGAGCAAAGGUGGAAAAAGAGAGGACGAUCAUCGCUCUUAAUGGAACCUAUAAUCAACAAAUUGAGGCUGCGAGAAUUGCUGCAGUCAACGGUAUCCGACAAGCUCAGGUUGAGGCAAACUCAACAGUCAACCUAGUGAUACGAAGAGCAGAUAUCGUUACGUCUGCUGCAAGCGCCGAUGUUCUUGCUGCGAAUAAAGCAGUUGCCAGGUUUGUGUUUCUGGUUUGAUUCUGCCCCUUGUCUUUGAGACAGUGAAAGUACUACUCUCGUUCAACUUGAGCUGCUUUUUCUUUGGGUUUUCUCUUCGGCCCUUAAAGUGUUACUAGAAAAGGCAACGCUGACUUGAGAUCCUUUGUAGUGCAGAUGCAGCUCUUACGACGGCACAAGCAAAUGCGACUCUUGCAAACAUAGCCCUUACGAGUUGCCUUGCAAAUGCUACGCAAAUAAAUUCAGCAUUGGACAAUGCGAAUGCGGCCUUGCGAAAUGUCUCCUCAGCUUCUAUCAACGAGGUCGCCAGGUUGAGCUCAACAAUCCUUUCGCUACAAGGUAAUGUGGCUUCUGCAGCGGUAAGAUUUCUUAUGUUCAAGUGUAUACACAUCGCAUUAACACUCGAAUCUAGGCGGCAGCAGCAGCAGCAUCGGCAGCGGCAUCGUCAGCAAACGACGCAGCAGCCGCCGCGGCUACUAAACCAGGCUCAUGCGUAAGCUAAGAAAAUAGACAUCGGUUAAAGUUUCGAAAUCUGACUGUAAUCAUAGUUAAUACCACCGCCAGCAGGCACGUCACCCGACGUGUCCAUUACUUCUGCUCAGGUUAUACUGAUAGUGAUCGGUGGUCUGAUUCUCGUCUUCCUUCUGGGCUUUGCUGGCUACUUCCUGGUAUCACGAAAGAAGAGAAUGGGAGAGCGAGAUAGUUACCUUGAUGAAAAAGAUUCGGCUAGCAGUCCGCGUCGACUGAACUCGCGGAUGAGUUCUGCAUACCGAACAGGCAAUGGAAUGAAAAUCCAAUAUAAUCCACGAAAUGCAGCAGCUCAUGAGCCGAUGCCUACAGUCACUGACCAAACUGGUGGUCUUCUUGUUCCUUCGAACGCAAACAACAGCAAUUCAAAUGUCUCCGGGGUCAGUGUUCCGCCUACGGGUCUUUCUAUGGUGCCGGUCGGUUCCCCUAUUCGCCCGAACACUUCGCACUCGACAUCUGUGGACAGCCCAGAUCGCGAAGCAUUCGAGGCAUGGUCUUUAAAGAACAGGCAGAACGAGCAAAUCAAGCGGUCCCCAAGAUUUGCCCAAGGGCCCAAGUCACCUAUGGUGGAAGAGACAGCUACAGCGGUUUCAUACGCGGAGACUCCAGCAAAAUCCGAAUUGAUAACAAACUCAUAUCCAAUCUUUUACGAUCAACUUCGAGUACAACCGGGCACAGAUGUAGCUCCAAGAAAGCCCAGUUAUGGAAAGACAGAGCGCAAGAGGUCUGCAAUUAACGUGACAAAUCCAUUCGAUGUGCAACCAACAUCACCUGUUCAAAAGGCAGCAACUCAGGGACAUAGAGAUCUACCACUGGCCACAGACGACACAUCACAAGAUAUCAAGACAACCAUAUUGGAUGUGAAGGACACUAUGAUGGACGAGCCUCUAAGUGUGCCAAUUACUUUCUUCUCGAAUUACGAAAAUCCUUUCUUAGAUCCAGCCCAAGCAACGCCCAAAUCAAAGGAAGCUGAACCGCGAGGUUUCACUGCCCAAACACCCAAGACACCAAAAACACCACGCAGAGAGGUCUUUGAUCUCGAAAAGUUGCUAUCUCCGAAAAAGAACAGAUUUCCAGCUCCAGAGACUCUUGCAAUGCUACGACAAGAAGAAGCGCCAAGAACCAGUACCGUGCCUGAAAUUGAUCGUCUACUUCAAUUAGUCGCAAAGCAGAACGAGAAAUACAGUGAUAAACCGCUUUUCUGGACUGACUUUAGACCACCGGACCCAGAGGUUGAGACAUCGUUGUCGGUUCCACUGGGACGCGAAUCACCGGAGCCUUUGAAUGUCAAGAAAGAACCUGUUGUUGAGAAGUCACCAGAGGUAAUUCCUUCGCCUCCAGUAACAACUCCUCCACCAGUAGGUCCACCACCAACGAUUCCACCACCAGCAAUCCCACCACCAAAGAGGUCUCCAGUAACUGAAAGAGAAGAACCAAAAUUGCUCUUCAAUAUUCCAGUGCCGCCAAUUCCGGAAUCAAAUCCCAGGGAUAGAACAUUAUCUCCUCUUCGCCGAAACCCAGUCAUUGAUAGAGAACGUUCAAUCAGCGCCCGCCCAUCUCUCAAGAGCACUCAAAGCUCAGAGUCGACCCUGCCGACACCAGAUCCUAAUCCCGGAGCCCCAGAUGACAGAGAACUUUCACCUCUCCGCCGCAAUCCCUCGCAAGUUCGAAACAUUACCUCCCUCCUAGCCGAACAACCACUUCACAUCAAUACCUCCUCCUCACCACCUACAGCACCACCCACAGCAUCCCUUCCAGUACCUGGAACAGAGUCCGAGACCCAUGGGGAAAGAGGCCGCUCCAUGAUCCGAACCUCAGACAUCAUCGAAGCGCGUCUAUCCUGGAAAUCCCAACUCGCAAAGCAGGACGAGGAAGCCCUCAAGGAACUCGACCAAGAGAAAAGAGACCGGGCAAAAUCACCCUUACGGAGGAAUCCCGUUGACUUGGAAGCCCUCCGGCGCUCACCAUCUCUCAGAUCAUAUAAAUCCGGCAUGAGUGGUACAACAGCAAACACCAACUCUCCACCACCAAUGCCACAGUCAAAACGGCGAUCAAUAACUCUCUCCCCACCUCCCCGACACGAUUCCAUUCCUCCUGUCCCUGUCUUGAAUCCUUCCCAACAAUCUUCCAGUCCCCCCGUCCGCAACUCCAUCCAAAGAAAUCGAUCAAGUAACCCACACUUCUCCCAAGUCCUUGAACGCUUUCAAGUUCUCGCCAGUCAGAAUUCCGUUGAUAAGGGAGCACUCACUAACGAGGUUACUCAACGGGCUAUUGCGGGUAUUUAUAUCCCCGGUAGUCUGAGAGAACAGGCGGUGAGGAACUCGAGUAGUAGUCGAGGGGGCCAAGUUGGAAGGAGUACUAGUAGAGGGCCACAAGCUGGGAUUGGGAAUGAGGGACUGGGGAGGAGCGCAAGCUCGAGGAGGUAG